AUUCAUAGUUGAAGAGAAAAGGCAGUACUUCGUGCUUUUCUCCCUAGCAAAAUGCCACGCAGGAAUAGCUUAUUUUCCGCGUUAAGCAUUUUUCUCUUGGGGUUUCUUUGGUUCAUUUCUCCGCCUGCUGAGGCUGCACUUAAGACGUACCAGUUUGAUAUUCAAGUGAAGAAUGUGAGUAGGUUAUGCCAUGCAAAACCUAUUGUUACAGUAAAUGGGAGGUUUCCGGGGCCUACUGUGUAUGUUAGAGAAGGAGACAGAGUUCAAAUCAAUGUUACCAAUCAUGCACAAUAUAACGUGUCUAUUCACUGGGUAAAAAGAGAAGAAAUUAAUCAAGGAAAUCAGACAAGAGGAAACAAGGAUAAUUACUGAUUUUGUUGUGGAUCUCUACAACUACAAGGCUACAAUUGAAGUAUAAUAGACAAUUUUGCUGUUAAAUAAUUUGGUCAUAUAAUAUGCUAGCUAAUUUAAACUUUCCCCACGUCAAAGUAUACAAGGUACGAUCCAUGUGAUUCUUAAAGGAAUGAAUUAUAAACUCAUAACGAAGUAGAUGCAUAAAUUAAGCCACCUUGGGUUGUAGUAGGGUUUAAGGCAAAGUUAGCUAACUUAAUGAGACCAAACCUUAUACACACGAUAGUUUUUGGAUUAUCUUGCUGGAAAAUAAACAUGUU